UAUCCCUCUAUUUACCUCAAAAUGUACCAACUUUGGUUUAUAAUCGCUAGAAUAUUUUGCGACUUAUGGACGUAAUCCUAUAAGAUUCUUCUUGCUGCUUCCAAAGCUCAUUCUGUUUCCUCUCCCAUCUCUUUGUGCCAAUUAAUUCUCUUUCUUCUUUACCCGAGCAGGUCUGAGCGUUUAAAUCUAGUUGCAGGAAAUCGUGUUCCCUUGUACGGUUGCUGCAUCAACCAAUUUUCAUGUCUGAUCUUGAUAUCCAGAUUCCUACUACUUAUGAUCCUUUUGCUGAUGCAAAUGCUGAGAACUCUGGUGCUGGAACAAAAGAGUACGUACACAUUCGGAUACAGCAACGAAAUGGCCGGAAAAGCCUGACUACUGUGCAGGGAUUGAAGAAAGAGUUCAGCUAUAACAAAAUCUUGAAGGAUCUUAAGAAAGAGUUUUGCUGCAAUGGAACUGUUGUCCAGGAUCCGGAAUUAGGCCAAGUUAUACAACUCCAAGGUGAUCAGCGGAAGAACGUUUCUACUUUUCUUGUUCAGGCUGGUAUUGUGAAGAAGGACCAUAUCAAGAUUCAUGGUUUCUGAAGUGCUGCAGCUUGCGCCUUUGUCUUUAUUGUAGGAUCUGAAGUUAUCAGAAGUGAAAUUUCUUGUAUGCUUAAGUUGUAUUACUCCAGUAUCUCUUUGUUUUGCUACAACUGUCGUGUGUGAUUUUGAAUAAACUAUUCCUAGUGUUAAAGAAUUCAAGUAAUAGUGAUAUAGUAUAUCUUUUAUUGCUUUUGUAAGGCAAAAUGUUCA